AAAGCAGCUAGCUAAAUCUGCAAGCAGAGCCGGGCGGCAGCGGAGCGGCAAGAAGCGUUCUCUUUCCUGAAACCCCGCGGCAUUGUGGGAUCGCGGCGGGUUCCUUCCGGGAGAAGGGUUUUCGCCUAACUCUAUCCCGCCUACGUCGUUGUGUACGGAGGCCGAAAGGGCUCGGGGGCAGCCAUGGCGGCGCACCUUAAAAAGCGGGUUUAUGAGGAGUUCACUAAAGUGGUUCAGCAACAACAGGAGGAAAUUGCUACUAAGAAACUUCGACUGACAAAACCAAGUAAAUCUGCAGCACUUCAUAUAGAUUUGUGUAAAGCUACUUCCCCAGCAGAUGCUUUGCAGUACCUACUCCAGUUUGCCAGAAAGCCUGUGGAGGCAGAAAGUGUAGAGGGAGUGGUCAGAAUUCUUCUGGAACAUUAUUACAAGGAAAAUGAUCCAUCUGUGAGACUGAAAAUUGCAUCAUUGUUGGGUUUAUUAUCAAAGACUUCAGGAUUUUCGCCAGAUUGCAUUAUAGAUGAUGCCAUUAACAUACUACAGAAUGAAAAGUCUCAUCAAGUCCUAGCUCAACUCCUGGACACUUUGCUUGCAAUUGGCACUAAAUUGCCAGAGAAUCAAGCUAUUCAGACACGAUUAGUUGAUGUGGCCUGCAAGCACUUAACAGAUACCUCUCAUGGUGUAAGAAAUAAGUGUUUGCAAUUACUUGGCAAUCUUGGCUCUUUGGAAAAAAGUAUCACAAAAGAUGCAGAAGGCCUAACUGCCAGAGAUGUCCAGAAGAUUAUAGGGGAUUAUUUCAAUGACCAAGAUCCACGUGUCAGAACAGCAGCAAUAAAAGCCAUGUUGCAGCUUCAUGAAAGAGGAUUGAAAUUACACCAAACAAUUUAUAAUCAGGCCUGUAAAUUGCUCUCUGAUGACUAUGAACAAGUACGCAGUGCUGCAGUCCAGCUUAUCUGGGUUAUCAGUCAGCUCUAUCCUGAAAGCAUUGUCCCAAUCCCUUCUUCUAACGAAGAAAUUCGUUUAGUUGAUGAUGCAUUUGGAAAAAUUUGUCACAUGGUCAGUGAUGGCUCCUGGGUGGUUCGUGUUCAAGCUGCAAAGCUAUUGGGCUCUAUGGAGCAAGUCAGUUCUCAUUUCUUGGAGCAGACCCUUGACAAGAAACUGAUGUCAGAUCUCAGGAGGAAGCGUACUGCACAUGAGCGUGCCAAGGAACUUUAUAGUUCAGGGGAGUUUUCCAGUGGCAGAAAGUGGGGAGAUGAUGCUCCUAAGGAAGAAAUAGAUACAGGGGCUGUGAACUUGAUCGAAUCAGGAGCUUGUGGAGCCUUUGUUCAUGGGUUGGAAGAUGAGAUGUAUGAGGUUCGCAUUGCUGCUGUAGAGGCUCUCUGCAUGCUGGCCCAGUCUUCACCCUCUUUUGCUGAGAAGUGCCUUGAUUUCCUAGUGGACAUGUUUAACGAUGAAAUUGAGGAGGUGCGUCUACAGUCCAUACAUACCAUGAGAAAAAUCUCUAAUAACAUUACCCUCCGAGAAGAUCAACUUGACACUGUCCUGGCUGUGUUAGAGGAUUCAUCCAGAGAUAUUAGAGAGGCUCUUCAUGAACUUUUAUGCUGCACUAAUGUUUCAACCAAAGAAGGCAUUCAUCUUGCGCUGGUAGAGCUGCUGAAAAAUUUAACCAAGUACCCUACAGAUAGGGACUCCAUAUGGAAGUGCUUGAAGUUCCUGGGAAGUCGGCAUCCAACCCUGGUGCUUCCUUUGGUGCCAGAGCUAUUGAGCACCCACCCAUUUUUUGACACAGCUGAACCAGAUAUGGAUGAUCCAGCCUAUAUUGCAGUUUUGGUGCUUAUUUUCAAUGCUGCUAAAACCUGUCCAACAAUGCCAGCAUUAUUCUCAGAUCACACCUUCAGACACUAUGCCUACCUCCGAGAUAGUCUUUCUCAUCUUGUUCCUGCCUUGAGGUUGCCAGGUAGAAAACUAGUGUCACCAGCGGUCUCUCCCAACAUUACACCCCAUGAGGAUCCUUCCCAGCAGUUCCUGCAGCAAAGCCUUGAAAGAGUGUAUAGUCUCCAGCAUCUGGACCCUCAGGGAGCCCAGGAGCUGCUAGAGUUCACCAUCAGGGAUCUGCAAAGACUUGGAGAACUUCAGUCUGAGUUGGCAGGAGUAGCUGACUUCUCUGCUGCCUAUCUUCGGUGUCAACUACUUCUCAUCAAGGCCUUGCAAGAAAAGCUGUGGAAUGUGGCUGCCCCUUUAUAUCUAAAGCAGAGUGAUUUGGCCUCAGCUGCAGCAAAACAGAUCAUGGAAGAAACCUACAAAAUGGAAUUCAUGUACAGUGGUGUAGAGAAUAAGCAAGUAGUGAUUAUACAUCACAUGAGACUUCAGGCCAAAGCUUUGCAACUUAUAGUAACUGCACGAACAACUCGAGGAGUUGACCCUUUAUAUGGGAUGUGUGAAAAAUUUUUACAGGAAGUGGACUUUUUUCAGAGGUGUUUCAUCGCCGAUUUGCCCCAUUUGCAGGAUAGCUUUGUGGAUAAACUUCUUGACCUUAUGCCCCGACUCAUGACAUCCAAACCUGCUGAAGUGGUCAAAAUUCUACAGACCAUGCUGCGUCAGAGUACUUUCUUGCACCUCCCGCUUCCAGAGCAGAUCCAUAAAGCCUCUGCUACCAUCAUUGAGCCAGCAGGAGAAUCAGAUAAUCCUUUGCGGUUUACAUCUGGGUUGGUGGUGGCCUUGGAUGUUGAUGCAACCCUGGAACACGUGCAGGAUCCUCAGAACACUGUGAAGGUCCAGGUCUUAUAUCCAGAUGGUCAAGCUCAGAUGAUCCACCCCAAACCAGCAGACUUCCGAAAUCCUGGCCCAGGGCGUCACCGUCUCAUCACUCAAGUGUACCUCUCCCAUACCGCUUGGACAGAACCAUGCCAGGUGGAAGUAAGACUGCUGCUGGCCUACAACUCCAGUGCUCGAAUUCCAAAAUCCCCCUGGAUGGAGGGUAGUGAGGUAUCACCACAGGUGGAGACAAGCAUCGAGGGCACCAUCCCUUUCAGCAAACCUGUGAAAGUCUACAUCAUGCCCAAACCUGCACGGCGCUGAGUCACAAGAGGUCUUCACAGCCAUGGUCCAGAAGGUCCUUCUUAAAUGGCAGUGAGCCAGAAGCCUGGAGAACUCCACCUGGAAUUGGCUUGUGGGCAUGUGACCGUUACAGACUUACUUGGUAUCACACAGAAUAAAUUAUUAUUUUUUCAUUAAAAUAACUGAAAACCUU